AUGAUGAAACGUUCCAUAGCUGAGAUGCUUCACAGAGGGAGGAUGCUGUGGAUAAUUCUUCUAAGCACAAUUGCUCUAGGAUGGACUACCCCGAUUCCCCUGAUAGAGGACUCAGARGAAAUUGAUGAGCCCUGUUUUGAUCCAUGCUACUGUGAAGUUAAAGAAAGCCUUUUUCAUAUACAUUGUGACAGUAAAGGAUUUACAAAUAUUAGUCAGAUUACUGAGUACUGGUCAAGACCUUUUAAACUAUAUCUGCAGAGGAAUUCGAUGAGGAAAUUAUACACCAACAGUUUUCUUCAUCUGAAUAAUGCUGUGUCCAUUAACCUUGGGAACAAUGCUUUGCAGGACAUUCAAAUGGGAGCUUUCAAUGGUCUUAAGAUUUUAAAGAGGCUGUAUCUACACGAGAACAAACUAGAUGUCUUCAGAAACGACACCUUCCUUGGCCUGGAAAGUUUGGAGUAUCUGCAGGCAGAUUACAAUGUUAUUAAGCGCAUUGAGAGUGGGGCCUUUCGGAACCUAAGCAAAUUAAGGGUUCUGAUUUUAAAUGAUAAUCUCAUCCCCAUGCUUCCAACCAAUUUAUUUAAGGCUGUCUCUUUAACCCACCUGGACCUGCGUGGAAACAGGUUAAAAGUUCUUUUUUACCGAGGAAUGCUAGAUCACAUUGGCAGGAGCCUGAUGGAGCUCCAGCUAGAAGAAAAUCCAUGGAACUGUACAUGUGAGAUUGUACAACUGAAGAGUUGGCUGGAACGCAUUCCUUACACUGCCCUGGUGGGAGACAUCACCUGUGAGACACCAUUCCAUUUCCAUGGAAAGGACCUUCGAGAAAUCAGGAAGACAGAACUCUGUCCUUUGUUGUCUGACUCUGAGGUGGAGGCUAGUUUGGGGAUUCCCCACUUGUCAUCAAGCAAGGAGAAUGCAUGGCCAACUAAACCUUCCUCAAUGUUGUCCUCUGUCCAUUUUACUGCUUCUUCUGUUGAAUACAAGUCUUCAAACAAACAGCCUAAGCCCACCAAGCAGCCCCGGACACCAAGACCACCCUCUACAUCCCAGGCUUUAUACCCUGGUCCAAACCAACCUCCUAUUGCUCCUUAUCAGACCAGACCACCAAUUCCCAUUAUAUGCCCUACUGGGUGUACCUGUAAUUUGCAUAUCAAUGACCUUGGCUUGACUGUCAACUGCAAAGAGAGAGGAUUUAAUAACAUUUCUGAACUUCUUCCAAGGCCACUGAAUGCCAAGAAACUGUACCUGAGUAGCAAUCUGAUUCAGAAAAUAUACCGUUCUGAUUUCUGGAAUUUUUCUUCUUUGGAUCUCUUGCAUCUGGGGAACAAUCGUAUUUCUUAUGUCCAGGAUGGGGCCUUCAUCAACCUGCCCAACCUAAAGAGCCUCUUUCUCAAUGGCAACGAUAUCGAGAAGCUGACACCGGGCAUGUUCCGCGGGCUACAGAGUUUGCACUACUUGUACUUCGAGUUCAAUGUGAUCCGGGAAAUCCAGCCUGCAGCCUUUAGCCUCAUGCCCAACUUGAAGCUGCUGUUCCUCAACAAUAACUUGCUGAGGACCUUGCCAACAGAUGCCUUUGCAGGCACAUCCCUGGCUCGGCUCAACUUGAGGAAGAACUACUUCCUCUAUCUUCCUGUGGCUGGUGUCCUAGAACACUUGAAUGCUAUUGUCCAGAUAGACCUCAAUGAGAAUCCUUGGGACUGCACUUGUGAUCUGGUCCCCUUUAAACAGUGGAUUGAAACCAUCAGCUCAGUCAGUGUGGUAGGUGAUGUGCUUUGUAGAAGCCCCGAAAACCUCACACACCGUGAUGUGCGUACUAUUGAGCUGGAAGUCCUGUGCCCAGAGAUGCUGCAUAUUGCACCAGAUGGAGCAUCCCCAGCCCAGCCUGGAGAUUCUCAUUUUGUUGGGGGACCAACAAGCGAAUCACCUUAUGAGUUCUCUCCCCCUGGGGGUCCUGUGCCACUUUCUGUGUUGAUUCUCAGCCUGCUAGUUUUGUUUUUUUCAGCAGUCUUUGUUGCUGCAGGCCUCUUUGCCUAUGUGCUUCGAAGGCGUCGCAAGAAGCUGCCCUUUAGGAGCAAGCGACAAGAAGGUGUGGACCUUACUGGCAUCCAGAUGCAAUGCCACCGGCUGUUUGAGGAUGGUGGAGGUGGUGGUGGUGGAAGUGGGAGUGGAGGCCGGCCYACCCUUUCCUCCCCAGAGAAGGCUCCUCCUGUGGGCCAUGUGUAUGAGUACAUCCCCCACCCAGUGACCCAGAUGUGCAACAACCCCAUCUACAAGCCUCGCGAGGAGGAGGAAGUGGCUGUUUCAGCUGUCCAGGAGACAGGGGGUGCAGAACGUGGAGGUCCUGGGGGAACACAACCUCCAGGAAUGGGUGAGGUUCUCCUAGGAAGUGAGCAGUUUGCUGAAACACCCAAGGAGAACCACAGCAACUACCGGACCUUGCUGGAAAAAGAGAAGGAAUGGGCCCUAGCCGUUUCCAGCUCCCAGCUCAACACCAUAGUGACGGUGAAUCACCAUCACCCUCACCCUCACCACUCAGCAGCUGGUGGGGUCUCAGGGGUGGUUGGGGGAACUGGGGGAGACUUGGCUGGGUUCCGCCACCAUGAGAAGAACGGCGGGGUGGUGCUCUUUCCUCCUGGGGGAGGCUGUGGCGGUGGCAGUAUGCUGCUUGACCGUGAGAGGCCACAGCCCGCCCCCUGCACAGUGGGAUUUGUGGACUGUCUCUACGGCACAGUGCCCAAAUUAAAGGAACUCCACGUCCAUCCCCCUGGCAUGCAAUACCCAGACUUACAGCAGGACGCCAGGCUUAAAGAAACCCUUCUCUUCUCAGCYGGAAAGGGCUUCACAGACCACCAAACCCAAAAAAGCGAUUACCUCGAGUUAAGGGCCAAACUUCAAACCAAGCCGGAUUACCUCGAAGUCCUGGAGAAGACAACCUACAGGUUCUAA